GCGUGAGUGUAUAUCGAUGCACGUGGGGCAGGCGGGUGUCCAGAUGGGUAAUUCCUGCUGGGAGUUGUAUUGUCUGGAACACGGUAUUCAGCCGGAUGGAACCAUGCCGUCCGAUAAGGCUUCCGGUUCCAACGAUUGCUUCAAUACCUUCUUCAACGCGACGGACUCCGGCAAGAUGGUACCGCGCGCCGUGAUGAUCGAUCUCGAGCCAACUGUCGUCGAUGAAGUUCGGAUGGGACCGUACAAACAAUUGUAUCAUCCUGAGCAAUUAAUUACUGGCAAGGAGGAUGCCGCCAAUAAUUACGCUCGCGGUCAUUAUUCCAUCGGAAGUGAAGUCAUCGAAUCCGUGAUGGACCGAGUGCGCAGACUGACUGAUCAGUGCACCGGCCUGCAAGGUUUUUUUGUCUUCCACUCGUUUGGGGGUGGCACGGGAUCUGGCUUCACGUCUCUACUUAUGGAAAGGCUGUCCGACGAUUACGGCAAGAAGAGUAAAUUGGAAUUUGUUAUAUAUCCGGCGCCGCAAGUUUCCACAGCCGUGGUGGAGCCUUACAAUGCUGUAUUAACGACGCACACGACGAUCGAUCAUUCCGAUUGCGCAUUCAUGGUGGAUAACGAAGCAAUUUACGACAUUUGUCGGCGCAAGCUUGGCAUCGAACGGCCCUUGUAUGGGAAUCUGAACCGGCUAAUUAGCCAGGUGGUAUCGUCGAUCACCGCAUCCUUGAGAUUCGAUGGCGCCCUGAACGUCGACCUGACCGAGUUCCAAACGAAUCUAGUACCCUAUCCUCGCAUACACUUUCCCCUGGCGACCUAUGCCCCGGUGGUGUCCGCUGAAAAGGCCUAUCACGAGGGCAUAUCGGUCGCAGAGAUCACCUCCGAGUGCUUCGAGCCCUCAAAUCAAAUGGUCAAGUGCGACCCGCGCGAGGGCAAGUACAUGGCCUGCUGCCUCCUGUACCGCGGGGACGUCGUGCCUAAGGACGUCAAUGCCGCGAUUGCCGCUAUGAAGGACAAGAGCUACAUUCGCUUCGUCGACUGGUGUCCCACGGGUUUUAAAGUCGGAAUUAAUUAUCAACCGCCCACAGCCGUGCCAGGUGGCGAUCUCGCAAAGGUUCAACGAGCUGUUUCUAUGUUAUCUAACACGACUGCUAUAGAAGAAGCUUGGGCCAAACUUAAUCGGAAAUUCGAUCUAAUGUACAAUAAACGGGCAUUUAUUCAUUGGUACGUGGGAGAAGGUAUGGAGGAGCUCGAAUUCACAGAAGCGCGCGAGGACCUCGCGGCACUCGAAAGAGAUUAUGAGGAAGUCGCCCUUGAAUCACCAUCUUCACCGGAUACAUCAUCUUCACUGGAAUAUUAACACAAUUUUUUAGAAUCUUUUGAAAUAGGCCGGCCUAUUUCUUUCUUUGCUGCCCGACUAUAAGGCGAAAAUUGUAAAAGAAAUGUCACAGUGCUCAAUUGUGUAGAAAUAUAUAUUUUAUGUUUAUUCUUGUAUAUAAUUGUCACC